CCAAUCGCGAAACCCGAUCUUGGGCGAAGGGUCGUACUACGCUUCGUCAUGGCCGAGGCUGCGCACGGGUACGACUUUGUAUACCUCAAGACGGCCGUGGGCACGCCGCUGGCCGAGGCGCUGGCGCAGCUCGCACUCGACCAGCCUGAAGACCCGAUCGAGUACGUCGGCAAGUACCUCCUCAAGUACGUUGCCAACGAAAAGAAGCGCCUCGAGGUGGCGAGCGUGACUGUGCGCCGAAAGACGGACGCGCAGGUGCUCGCGGAAGAGGACACCAAGCGCAACGAGUCGCUCCGGAAGCUCAAGCUCGCGCACGACGAAGCGCUCAUUGCGGAAAGCACAACGCGGGAGCUGCUUCAAAAGACGGACGACGUCGACAUCCUUUGCAAGCUCGUGAUCUCCAAGCUCCUCUUGGCGACCGGCGCCGAGGCGUGCUACCUCGGGCGCAAAGUGACCGACGCCGAGGGUGCCAACUUUAUUGAAUGGUUCGCAUCGUCCGACAACUCGACCUGCGUGCUUGGCAAGUUCAUCUCGGAAGAGACAGGCUUCACCUACGACGUCCUCCGCGAGGUCGAGGACCCGAAUGCAACGCCGGACGAAGAUGGCAACCUCCCGCCACCGGCGAUUCCAUCGUUUCUGCACGUUGAGAAUGUCAUCCGCGAGCCGCGCAUCAAGUACUUUGGCAUUCCGCGCAUGGGCGCGUACCUCGUCCGCGGCGUCAAGUACAACAUGUACCUUCAUGACGACAUCGUGCAGCCUUCGUCCGACUCGAUCUCGACGAUCGAGAGCUGGCUCGUCAUCGCAGUCGACACGAUCGGCCAAGCCCGGCCCUUUUCACCCGAGGGCAUUGAAGCCUUUCUCAAGUGGUCGUCGGCCUUUGCCGAUGCGUUUGAGCAAUACGAGAAGCGGUCGUACACGGCGCAGGUCGAGUGGAAGCGCGCCGAGGACAAGGAGGCGAAAGGGGCGCUCGAUGAGCUCCGAGACGCUGUCGCGACAAGCGAUACCCGCAUUGCGGCGGUCCUCGAGACAAUCGAGGAUGAGAAUGCCAAAUUGCUGCAGGAAGCCACGAUGAAGUGCGACGCGCUCUCGACGAUCGUCGCCACCAAGUACUUGACAGGGAUCGGGAAGCUCGCCGCGUACCUCCUGCCAUUCAAGCUGCCCGCGCUUCGGACGCUCGCUGCGGUGCUGCGCCUCGUCUUUGACGCGCCAAAGGAAACGUACAUGAGCGCCGCGACCAAGCUCCCGACGUGGGACAAGGUGCGGUUGGCGCUCGUGCCCGAGACGUUUGCGGCCGCGUUCCAAGCGUUCAAUGCGAUCGAGGCGCGGCCAAGCUUGACGCAGGAGGCCAAAGACCUCCUCGGCGAGACCAGCAUCGACGACGUCGAGCCCGCGGGUCCCGUCGUGAGUGCGCUCUUCAUGUGGCUCCAAGCGGCGUGCGGCGUGGUCGAUGCGAUCGCCGAGGCCAAGGCGCGCGAGGCCGAAGCCAAUGACGACGCGUAGAGACCAUGCGGUGUAUGUACAUAUCUCAUCAAUGAAGAACGCUUG